UGCCAAGACAAAAAUUCUUUUCAUUUGUUAUUAAUGGAUCUCAAAUGCUAAUCAUAAGCUGACCAGAAUGUUGAAGGCCCAAGCUAAAGAUGCAGUGCAACAUGCCAAGCAGUUUGGAGAGAACUUUGCACGUACUAACAAGUACAUGCAUGCCAACAAGCUGUGGCUUCAAACUGUUCCAACUGAUGACUGUGAGGUGGUCGUUAUCUUCCCUACAAAGACUGAUGAUGCUGUAAUCAUGUGGGUUUUAGCCAAGCUGAAGGAAAGACUACCGGAGCUUAAAGUAGUCGUCAGACAUCACUCCCAUACUGGAACAUGUGGACUUUAUCUCUCGGCAUCUUCCGAGUGUUUAUUGAGCGGAGCAGAGAAUCUAAGCUUUCGCAAGCCACUUAAGACAGAAUAUGGAGGAGGUCUAAAAGAGUUUACCUGUCUGGAGGCUAGCAUGUAUGAAGGAGCUGACGAUGCGCAUCAUUUCCUGUCAUCUCAGGAACGACAAGAAAUCAUUCAUUACAUGCUGGAAAGCCUGAAGGCGGUGGAGGGUGAUAAGGUUCAAAACGUGAAAUUUCUGGAUAAUGAACCAAUAGUGCCAAAGCUGCUAGCCAAAGGGGUUGUUUCUAAGGUCUUCCCUCUCCAUAAACGAGACGAUCUUCAAGUUCUCAAGAAAACAUGGGUUCAAGCUUUCUUCAAGGCACAACCUUUGGAUGCGGUAUGUGACUACUUUGGAGUGAAGAUUGCCAUAUAUUUUGCUUGGUUAGGGUUCUACACCCAAGCCCUUCUAUUUCCUGCUAUUGUUGGCCUGCUUGUAACAUUCUUCGUUGAUGAUAGCGAUCAGGUGAAUGAGGACAAGAGUGUGAUGUUUGUCUCUGUCUGUAACAUCAUCUGGGCUUCUCUUGUCCUGGAGGUCUGGAAGAGAAAAGGAUCUGUUCUAGCAUACCGCUGGGGAACUUUAGACUCGAAACAUGAGCUCAUUGAAGAGCCUCGUCCUCAGUAUAAGGGUGACCUAGUUGUGAACAGUGUAUCUGGCAAGCUGCAGCCUCACUAUCCAACCUGGAAACGGAAUGUCUUCAGAUACUUUGUAACGCUUCCAAUCAUAUUCCUCUGUUGCCUCAUCACGUUUACCUCAAUGUACAUCAUCCUAGAAGUUCAGGAGUGGGUUAAUUCCCAUAUUGAGCGAAACAAUUGUUAUGGGUGGGUGGGUUACUUUCCAAAGAUCAUCCUUACUGGUGUGAUCAGUGUCAGUGACAUUGCGUUUAAAAGAGUGGCUUACUGGCUGAACAGGAUGGAAAACUAUCGCCUUCAGAGCACACAUGAAAAUCAGCUCAUACUCAAACUGGUAACGGUGCAGUUUAUAAAUCAUUUCCUUGCUCUCUUCUACAUUGCCUUCAUUCUCAAAGACAUGACAAGACUCAGAAAUUAUCUGGGAACCAUAUUCAUCCUACGUCAGUUAACGGGUAACUUCAAAGAGUCAGUUUUGCCUUACAUCACCGAGAAGCUCAAAGUAUACCGAAUGACGUAUGUUACUGCAAGCAAAGUUCAUACUGAUACAAAUACAAGAAAAGAAGACAAGACAGAUGGAACCAAGACACAGGAAGACAUUACAGAGGAAACGAAAGGACAGGGGGACAGAACUAUGGGACAAGAAGAUAUUUCUUGUGAAACAAAAACAUCUGGGGACAUUUUGGAUGGGAGUGAGAUGCAAGCAGAUGCCUUGGAAUCAAAGGCUAAAGGAGAUGCUUCAGAAAGUAAAUGUGGUGAAUCUGGUGGCUCCAAUGAAGAGAUGUUUAUGAUCACCCAGGCUGAGCUUGAGUCUGAGAUGCGUUCAUACGAGGAUACUUUUGAUGAUUACCUGGAGAUGGUGAUCCAGUUUGGUUACGUCAUCCUCUUUUCAUCUGCCUUUCCUCUGGCAGGGACGUUUGCGGUCAUCAACAACAUCAUUGAGAUCCGAAGCGAUGCCUUCAAGCUCUGCUCCAUCACACACAGGCCGUUUGGACAGAGGGUUGAGAACAUAGGAUCGUGGCAGCAAGCAUUGGAAGUAAUGGCUGUUAUUGGUGUGAUUGUCAACUGUGCCUUGUUGGGUGUCUUUGGUCAAAUUGGACGUACCUUCCCAAGCCUUACGCCAGCUGGAGUCAUUCUCUGCAUUGUAGUUAUGGAACAUAUUAUUUUAGCUGCAAAGCAUGCUAUCUCAUUGGGCAUUCCUGAUGUACCUCACUGGGUUUCCAUCGAGAUGGCAAAACUGGAAUACAGGAGACGUGAAGCCCUAAAGAAACAGGAAGUGGAUGCCCUGCAGUGUGCCAAAAGGACACCAUCACCAAAGGAAGGUGAGGAGAAGAAAGGCGAUCUUAAGCUGAAGAUACCACAUCAAGGGAAGGUGUGGCCGUCCAGUAUGAAGGAAGCAGCUACCAAUUUCAAAUUCUAUCAGAACAACAAGGCAGUGUCCACCGAUGACUCCAAUACAACAAGCGAUGCACAGGAGUAUCAUGAGAAGCCUAGUCAGGAGAAGAAAGCUGACUGAAGUGGAUUUGAUUGGAGUUGUUUCAAUCAUAGGGCUAUUUGUAAGUUACAAAUGAUUUUAUGAUGACUGAUGCCCGUCUCUUAGAAAGUAAAAACCUAUGAAUAUCUGAGGAGGGUUUCAUGAAAGGACUUGUCAGAAACAGUGACUCUCAGCCAAUCAAAAUUAAGGAAAGAUGUAAGAUCUGACAACUUGUCGGAUGUUGACCAUUCUUGAGGAACUAACCCCUACACCUCUGAAUAUUUGAUAUAGACCUUUUCUUAGGAACUAAAUCAAUACCUUUGAAAAUCUGUUGUAGACCAUUUCUGAGAAUCUAAAUCAACACCUGUAAAAAUCUAGUGUAUACCUUUC